AUGACCAUGGCGAAAGAGGACGAUAAUCAGCAAGUCUUUUCAGAAUCUACGGGGGAAGAUGCUCGCCUGGAAAAUUUGGGCUAUGAGCAGGAGCUCAAACGGACCUUUGGGUUGUUGGGUAUGAUUGGCUUCAGCUUCAGCGUGGUUACUUCAUGGACGGCUCUAAGCGGUGUAUUCAUUGUCGGCGUCACAUCCGGCGGCCCUCCAGUCAUGGUGUUCAGUUUCAUUGGCGUGAGCCUUCUCACACUAGCAGUAGCCAUUCCAAUGGCAGAAAUGUGCUCUAUGUAUCCUGUUGCAGGAGGCCAAUACUCCUGGGUUGCGGCUUUAGCACCUCCGAGUAUCGCGCGAGGGCUUUCUUAUAUUAGUGGCUGGUUCAUGCUCAUCGGUAUCCUCGCAAUGGGAGCAACAAAUAACUCAAUCGGAGCCAACUUCGUCCUCGGCAUGGCCAAUCUCGUCUUCCCCGAUUACACGAUCGAGCGCUGGCAUACUGUCCUGGUAGCUUAUCUAGUGGCAUUUAUGGCGACAGCAAUUAAUAUAUGGGGCCCCCAUCUCCUGCACCGCAUCUCCCGAUUCAUCCUGAUCUGGAACAUCGGCUCAUUUCUCAUAACCACAAUCGUCCUGUUAGCGACCAAUGACCACAAACAACCUGCAUCAUUUGUGUUCUCCGAGUUCCAAAAUUUCUCAGGUUGGGGAUCAUCAAUGGCGGCCAUCGUAGGUAUCCUGCAAGCCUGUUUCGGCAUGUGCUGCUACGACGCUCCAUCACACAUGACCGAAGAAAUGAAGUCAGCUUCCAAAGAAGCUCCUAAGGCUAUCAUCCUCUCGGUCGUCCUCGGCGCUGUAACAGGAUUUGCCUUCUUGUUAACCCUCUGCUUCUGCAUUGGUGACAUCAACACCACUGCCAACACAAGCACCGGCGUACCUGUCAUCCAGAUCCUCUACGACUCCACAGGAAGUAAAGUCGGCACAUGCUUCUUGGCGAGCAUGAUUGCUAUCAUCGUUAUAGUAGCCGGAAACAAUCUUUUAGCGGAGGGCUCCCGUUCGGUGUACGCCUUCGCCCGAGACCACGGCCUUCCGUUCUCGCACAUCUUCUCCAGAGUAGAUAGCAAGAGUCAUGUUCCAGUCAACGCUGUCCUCCUUACUCUUGUUGUGCAGCUUGCUUUGGAUGCAAUUGACUUCGGCACAACCACCGGUUUCGAAACUGUUAUUGCUAUUUCCACUGAGGGAUUUUACCUCUCCUACGCCAUAGCCCUAUUUAGCCGGCUCCUCGGCUUCAUAACUGGUCAUAAGACACACAUGAAGGGCCCCUUUGCCCUCCCUCAGUCUAUGUCCAUCGGUCUCAACAUCCUCGGUCUACUGUUCCUGCUCUUCGCGGCCAUCACAUUCAACUUCCCGACCGACUAUCCUGUUACACAUGAAUCUAUGAACUAUACCUCCGCAGCAAUUGGGGUCAUUGGAUUGGUAAGUACGGUGACGUGGAUAACAACGGGUAGGAAGCAAUUCACCGGACCACAAGCCAUGAGUGUGCUCAAUGGGCAUGAGAGGCACGAGAGGGGAGAGAUAGGUGAACAUCACUGCUUCUGUGAAGACUGCUUGGCUAAUGAGGGGGACGAUGAGGAGGAAGUUCCGAGUGAAGAAGAGCUUUGUGGUCUCUUUGAUCUCGUGAAGUGGACUGUUUGCUAUGCGGAGUUUCACGGGAAGUCCGUCCGUGCGCUGCACUUGAGACGGUGUGUUUAG